UGAAAAGAAACAUUGCAUCUCUGGAAUUACUCAUAAUAAAAGAAAACAGAUGCGGUCUGGGUAUUCUGAGAACAAACACGAGAUCUCUGUUUGGGGUGAGAGAUUGUGUUUGUACUGUAGCUCUGUCUCCCACAGAAGCGCUGAGAGUACACUGGGAGAGUCGCGUGUGCUUUUUUGGUUUGGGUUACAGCGCAACUGAAUGCCACAGUGCUGUCGCGCGCUCAGUCGCACGCGCGUAUCUGCUGAAGAGCUGGAGUUUUAUUCUGCCGCCUCGCGACUCAUUUUCUGCUUGUUUGCUCCAUUGUCAAUGAGACUUCAUCCAAGAAACCACCCCAGAUCUUUUAGUGACAGUUUUGGACCAGGUUACGGACUCUGGAUGUGCAUUUUGAACAGCGAUGUUUCAAUGGACCUGAAUGAAGAAGGAUUAUUUUUGUCGUCAAAACAGUAAAUUGCUUGUUUGAACAAACUUAGCUCGUGUUACCCAAGGAUAAAAACGCAAUGUUCAUCGCCGCGAUUUACAUCAUUUUACCUCUGAUGGAUGUGGUGUUAUCUGGCGAGGAGUCUUUCUUUACUAGUGGAAACCGGCUGGACUGUGUCAAAGCGAACGAGCUGUGUUUGAAAGAACCGGGAUGCAGCACAAAGUACCGGACUAUGAGGCAGUGCGUAGCUGGAAGGGAGGGCAACUUCAGUAUGGUGACUGGAGUGGAAGCCAAGGAUGAAUGUCGACUUGCCUUGGACGCUCUAAAGCAGAGUCCCUUGUAUAACUGCCGUUGUAAAAGAGGCAUGAAGAAAGAGAAGAACUGCCUGCGCAUCUACUGGGGAAUCUAUCAGCAUUUACAAGGGAAUGAUUUGCUUGAAGAUUCUCCAUAUGAGCCUGUGAACAGCAGACUUUCGGAUAUAUUUCGACUCGCCCCCAUCUACUCAGGUGAGCCAGCACUAGCGAAGGAGAACAACUGCCUGAAUGCAGCAAAGGCCUGCAACCUAAACGACACCUGCAAGAAAUACCGCUCGGCUUACAUAAGCCCCUGCACAAGCCGCGUCUCAACAGCCGAAGUCUGCAACAAGCGCAAAUGCCACAAGGCCCUGCGGCAGUUCUUCGACAAGGUGCCGCCCAAGCACAGCUACGGCAUGCUCUUCUGCUCCUGUCCUCUAGGAGAUCAGUCGGCCUGCUCCGAGCGGAGACGACAGACCAUCGUGCCAGCCUGUUCGUAUGAGGACAAAGAGAGGCCCAACUGCCUGGCACUGCAAGCCUCAUGCAAGACCAACUACAUCUGCAGGUCUCGUCUGGCUGAUUUUUUCACCAACUGUCAGCCAGAACCAAAGUCUCUGUCUGGUUGUCUGAAGGAGAACUUUGCUGACUGCUUGCUGUCAUACUCCGGUCUUGUUGGUACAGUGAUGACCCCGAAUUAUCUGCGUUCCCCUAAAAUCAGCGUGUCUCCAUUCUGUGACUGCAGCAGCAGUGGAAACAGCAAAGAGGAAUGCGACCGAUUCACAGAGUUCUUCACUGACAACGCCUGCCUGCGUAAUGCGAUCCAUGCCUUUGGCAAUGGGACAGAUGUAAGCGUUUGGCAGCCAAUGCCUCCGGUACAAACAACCACCUCUAUGACAACACCGUCCCAGAGGGCCCGAGAUCGAGACAGAUCACCCAAUGCUAUAGAGCCGGCGACACACAUCAACCACCUUAACCCUGGUGAUAACUCCCUCUACCACUUCUGUGGUAGUCUCCAGGCUCAAAAACUGAAGACAAACAACACAAUAGAUGUGUUAUGUGUGGACCCUCAGAUCGAUGACCCAAGCUCCUCCAACACCAUCUCCAGAAACUCGGCCAUCCUGCAGACGUCUCCAUCAGGCCUGAGCUCUCUGCUGCUUCUGCCGGUUACCUCUUUGCUCUGCAUUCUCACGGCAGAUAUGUUGUAGCCACCUAAGAACAUGAAACACGGACAGUCACAAUUUGUAUAAAGUUGAUCACUGUUCCUGGUCAAUCUGUUGUACUCCGUAAUCUAUCUCUUUCUCUGUUCCUGUUUCUCAAGCUGUUUUUAUUGGUUCUUGUUUUUGAGAGCUUUUGUUGAUGUGUGGAUGCAACAAAACAAAGUGAUCUUGGUGUACAUUUCCAUCUCGCCGAAAUGAUAGGAGUCAAUGCAACAUUACCGUGUGAUGUUGACAGCUUCUGGUGUUUUGAGGGUCAGAACCCAUAAGGACUCAUGUCUCAGCCGUAGAGACGGAUCUUAUCUGUGUAUGCAUAUGUGUGUACUUCACCAUAAAAGUGUGCACCAUCCAUAGCAAACAGAGUGCAAGAAAUAUUGCAGAACGUUAUAUUUGUGAUGUGAUCAUUAUUAUCAUAAGCUGUCUUGUUUUUUUCUGUUUUUUUUUGCUGACAUUUUAGUAGAUUGUCACGAUUGGCUAUUGACUGUGGUGUUAUCGACCCAUUUGUUGGUCAAACAUAUAAAAAAAUCAUUUUCAUGACAUUUAAAAAUGCCCAAAUAUUCAAUGAAAGUAAAACGAGAGAUGUUUACUGAUCAUCCAGUUUGGAUGAAGACCUACAGGAUGGUAGCGUAUCUGAAAGUAUAUGCAGGGGCCUGUUUGUCAUUGUGUGUUUGUGUGUGUGAAUGUGUGAAUGUGAAUCCCUGUUUGUUUGUUGGUUUGGUUUUGCAGGACAGAGGUCUUGGGUUUGUCAGUGGAAUAUGUCAAUAGAAAUGGGGGUUCAUAACCCCGAUGGCACAGUUUAAAGUGUAAACAUGGACUUUUACGUAAUCAGACAAUGUUUUACUUUGUCAAACUACAUUACAGUUGUUUACACAUAAAUGUCUGUAAAUGACACAUUACUAAGCUAAACCAAUUGGCAUCCUUGUUGUAUCUAUUGAGUGUAUAUUCAUAUUGCCUUCAUGAUGUUGCUUGGACAGGGAUUUUCAUACUUCAGCCCAAAUGAAAUGUGCUCAUAUGUAUUAUAUAGCCAGUUUUUUUGUGUUGUAUGUCUAUACAGCAUCGGUGAUCUGUGAUCACAUUUAAACCAAGAAGAAUUCAGAAGGUACCCAGAUGAUAUACAUAACCCUUAAAUAUAAGGCAUGUGCAUUUAACCAAUCAGCAAUGCACAUUAAAAUAAUCUACAGUAUGACAUGCUGCUUUGGUUCAUGUGGCAUUUUGAACAAAUCCUUUAUGUAUUGUUGUACUUCAUGUUAUUUAUGGGACAUUUCUUUAAAAACACACACACACACACACACACACACACACACACACACACACACACACACACACACACACAGUAUAUACUAUAUACACUUCGAAAAGAAAUAUGUUUAUAGAGCCUGCUAUAUUUGAAUUGGGAUCUGGUUGUAUUAUCAUAUCGAAUGAGGAUUUCUUGCUUUUCACAGUAACUAUACUGUAUAUAUUUUUUAUUUAGACUGAAAAGACACUACACAUUGAAGACGUAUUGCUGUUCCGUCGUAUCCCAAAUGAAGGAAUCGUACAACAGUCAUUUAUUUCCCUAAUAACAUGAUGUUGUUGUUUUAUGGUAAGCCAAAAUGGAAAAAUGAUCUUAUUUUUGUAUCUUUUGCAUUAUGGGUUUAUUUAUUGUAAUGUCUCUGCUAGUAAGCAGUACAGUUAACUUUAGAAGUAUAAACAUUAAAAAACAAGCAUGAGUGAUUAAUGCAAUAAAGGCUAUUAGACGCAGUGUGUGAUGGAUUAUACUCGAGCAUCCUUCACAGUGGAACAGACAGUGCUCCGCUGUAUUCGCUCAUGGCAUUGAGAUUUAGGAUGCAAAAUACAAUUGCUGUGAAAGUGCUUGAGCUGGGAAGGUAAGAAAACCAUACUGUACAAAUAUAUAUUUGUCUACGUUCACAUCACAUUGCACCAGAGCAUUUAUUAUUCUCAAUGAAAAACACAAGACGACUUCACAAAUGUUCACAUUUCUUCUUAGCUUGUGAAAAUGUAAAAAGUAUUCUAUGAAAACGAUUAAAAAUGUUG